CGCGAAGGACCGUAUUCCCCGUGGCCAGUGCAGUGUAGGAACUCAUUUGACCUCUCCGCGAAGGACCCGUAUUCCCCCGUGGCCAGUGCAGUGCUAGGGAACGCGUGGAAAUUGCAUAGCCAUUAGACUCCCAGACCUCGUCCCCAGCGCCCUUUCGGCCCCCUUGAGCCAGGCAGCAGCAAGGGUAGCGUCUCACCCAGACCUUCAGCCCCGCCUCAGACCGGCACCCGCUCCGUCACUGUGCACCUCCGAAAUGAAUCCGUCCCAGCACAUGACCUUCGCCUUGUACGAGAUGACCACUCACACAAGCAAGAAGGUUCUCCUCUUCAUACUGGAGUGGGGCACUCCCAGGAGGGAUGCAAGCAAGACCUUCUAUGAGUACCUCUUGCAAGUGAAGAGGAUGUCUUUGACAACAAUACGCAAGCAAUUUAAUCAGAGUCAAAGACAAAAGAUAGAGAAGAGUGGUGACAUUGGCACAUUUGAUGUCUCACUCAUAUUUUUAUGCAUUGUCCAUGGGUGUGAUGGACUGGCCCCCCCAGGAGAUGCCAAAUGGACCACUAGAGCAGAGACACUGGAACGAUAUGUGACCUCCAUUAAAACUUAUAGAAAUAAUUUUCUACAUGGAGAAUAUGAUAUUACUCACACAGAAUUUCUUAAGGUGACAGAGGAGCUGAGAGAUCUGCUCAACAAAACCCUCGAGAGAGCAGCUGAAAUCUACAACAUAGGAGAUGAAAUCCUCCAGGGGAUCUUGCAAGAUAUAAACACAGAGAUCAACAGUCUUAGAAACAAUCCCUCACAGGCAACAAAUUCUCAUGCAUUAGUCCUCGACAGACAGCGCCAGAUGGUGAAAGUCGAAGGAAAACUAGAGCUGAAGAAGAUUUACAGAGAGGAGUCCAGUUUUGGACCAGCUUCGAAUUUGCUUGGGAAAUCGAAGGUGCGUGUGGACAAGGUCUUCACCACGAUGGAAAUCAAGCAGGAAGGCUCACAAACACAGUUCAUUCAGUAUAGUGAACUUCUCGCAAAGGCGGAGGAGAGACGAGUAGACAAUGGGAAAGACUGUUCCGUGUUGCUCAUUGAAGGGCCUGCGGGUGUUGGCAAGACAACCCUCACAAGGAAGAUGAUAAGUGACUGGGCUUCAGGCACUAGCUCCAUGGAGACUCUCACUGAUUAUGAUUUUGUGUUGUUAAGUAGGUGCCGAGACGAAAUCCAUUCCCUUGGCAACCUACUAGGCACAUUGAUGCCAAAAAUUAAAAUUAAAGUCCAAAGUGAUAAUGAUAUGAUGAAUUACUUAUCAGGAAACAGACUCAUGUUCAUUGUGGAUGGGCUCGACGAGAUGAACUCAGCAUCAGAUAGAGUGCUGAGAGAAAUCAUGGGGAUGAGCAGAGACGAUGACAUCACUGUUCUCUGCACAACACGACCCAACAAAGUACCUGACUUCAAGAGAUAUGUGCCGGACAAAUUUGAUAUUAUGCAUGUCAAAGUUUUGGGCAUAGAAGAGAACAAACGUGAAGAGUUUGUAAGAAAUUACAGCUUGGCAUUACAAGACCCAGGCACCGAGAACAAAGACAUCUCUGGUCUCCUCCGGUAUCUGGCAAGGAAAGACAGCCGGAUGCAGGCCCACUGGCGGUUCCCCUUCAACUUGGUCCUCAUGACAAUAUUAUGGUUCUUUGACCCCCAAGCUGUGAACAGUCUGACCACGGCAACGGAACUCUUCACAAAGACACAUGACUUGUACAUCCAACGGUUGAUUCAGAGGCUAAAGAAACACCAAGAAACAAAAACUUCUACAUGGGAUGAACUGAGAGGAAUACAGAGGCUGAAGGAGGCAUGUCGCCUUCUAAAUCUUCCACCAAAAGAAGUUCUUGGAUCGUUCUGUAUUCCGGCAACUUCCUUGACAAACUUCGAGGAAAGGUACAGCUAUCCUCACAAGGGUUUCCAAGACCUUUACUCUGCUAUGCAUCUGGUUGGCAUUCUGAAAACGCAUGAACUGGGACUAAACAUCCCCAGUAUAAUGUCUGGAAUCGAGACUGUUCUCCUACGUGAAGAUGUUCCUAGAGAUGUUGUUAGAUCCUGCUUUAAUUACUGCUCUGAGAGGUUAUUAGAAUACCAACGUGACACUAUCAAGAAAUCAGGUAGUAUUCAGAGCGUUCUAGAAGGAGCCACCAAGGAAGCUGCCUUGUACAUCGGCCAAGAGACAAAGUUGGUUGUGACACUGGCAGAGGAAAGAGCCACUGAGCUUGUGGAAUUACUCAAGGCCACUGGUAUUCGGGACACAUCUCAGUGGCUGGACUUGCUCUCUGAGGUCAAGUGCGACAACACAAUAACUGCAUUAAUUUCCAAAAAGAUUGAUCUCACUGGAUGCAUAUUUAUAAGAGAUGAACACUUAGCUGCAUUCCUGCGUGUCCUGAGCCACGCACGUCCGUCACCCUUGGUCCUGGACAUCAGCGGCGACCCCGAGGACAUCCCAUGCCUGAGUGAACUCCUAAGGGCAAUGAAAGGCAAGACGUGGAAGGUGAGGCUUAUGGCUCUCCCACGCACUUCCGACACCAAGAGCCGGCGGGCAGCGUCCUCGAGGAAGCGCUUCAGCAAGUUUUCCGAAGGUGAUGUGCAGCUUUUGACUUUUGAGACCGAAAGGAACUUUUUAAUUUAG